CAUCUCACUCACACAUACAAUUUUCAAGAUAAAGUAAACGUCGUGCUGUAGCGCUACGUUGUGUAUCAUGAGUGGCAGCAGGAAGCGGCUUCCAGGUGCACCCACAGCGCCUCUGCAGCCGCACCAGUCACUCAGAGCGCAAGCGGAAGCGGAAGCCAAGUACGAAGUGCAAUUGGCCGAGCGCCGGCAAUUGGAGCAGGACCGCAUGUCCUCGUACACAGAUGACGCCUUUGAGUGUGAAUCGCCGCACGCCAUUUUGGCCAGCAGCCGCAGCGUACGGCCCGAGCAGCGCAGUGACCUGCAGACAACGUCUCCGUAUUUGGUUGUGGACAAUAUCGGUCGCCUUCGCGUGGACAGCGUAAGCGACAGCGACGCCCACGACGAAGUCGCGUACGGGGAACUGGCCCAACCGCGACCAGAGAUCAUUCUGCGGUGGAAGCGGUUCGCGGUGCUCGUGGUAUUCACGGCCGCCGUCAUGACAGCUAUCGCUGCGUGGCUACGCGAGGGUUUCGUGGUGGACAAGGGCGUUCCUGUGGGCACCGCUGAUACUAAAGUGGAUACGGUCAACUCAUACAUCGGUCUUAUAAUGGGCUUCAUCGAGUCUAUCGUGGGCCUUGGCGUGGAAGAGAUUUUCCCCGUCUUUAUCGUAUACCUGCACAACCUGAGGUGGUAUCCGAGCGACGAUCCAGCGACCAAAAAGCAGAGCAAGUUCAAGAAGUUCGCACUUACGAUCUUCAUCCCAGCCGUCAUGAUGGCCGUGGGCAGUUCACUUUCAGCCGUGCAGGCCAACCAGAAAGAUGAUAACACUGCAGACAACAACAGUAACUCGACUACGACGACGAGGUUCUUAUUGCAGGAAGAAACGAUGUUGGGAGUAGCAGGACUGGGGGACACUAUCUUGAAGACAGCCUUGGCACGGAAGGUGGACCCUAUGCGGCCUCUGGAGAUGUCGAAGUGUAGUUCUACAGGGACAGAUCUGUUUGAUGCUGGUACGCUGCUAACUGCAGCCCCAAAGGCUGUUUUCGGCUUUCCCCUACGCGAUUGGAGCGUCGAGUUCGGGAACGGGUGGACGCAUGAGGAAGCAACGAAGCGCGUCGAGAUUUCUCAUCCUGGUGCUGAGGAUGCAGCUAGUGACGUGCAGCUCAGCGAGGUAAUGCCUCUAGCCACGGCUUACGAGUUGUGGCUGGAAGGGAGAACCAUCUUAUCGAAUAGUGUGAGAGCUACCAGCGCUAACCAAGCCAGCACGCCCCCUCUAAACACGGACGAGUUUCUGGACGAUGUCGUGAGAUCUGUAUUCGACAUGGGACUGCCUCUGGCGGAAAUUGUUAGUGUAGAGGCUUCGUUCGAGACGCGGACCCUGAGUUCAUUGAUGGAUUUACAUGCCAUGACGCUGAAAUUUCCGCUGCGCAGCCCGGACAACGCCUCUGUCGUAUGUGGUGAAACCAGUUGUGCGUUGCUGGAGCCCCAUGUAAACCUCAGACAGCGUCUGCCACGCAAGCAGGUUGGAAUAGCGCGAAUGAACACGUCCAACGCGGCAUUCGUGUAUGGUUUCACGACUGUGGCUAGCGUUCAAAGUGGUGCGGCCGUAGCGACACACUCGUUGGUGCUGUCCUUCGGCCGUUUAUCGUGGCGCUUCGAUAGUGAUGCGUACGAGUGUGAGCCGGGAACGUCUUCUGAAGAAGGUUGUCAGGUACUGCACCACCAGCUCGGUGAUAGCGAUCGCCAUUUGGUAUUGCCUAAACAGUGGCUCUCGACUCAACUCCAAAGUGGCAGUCGAGAAUCUUUUGUCUCUCUUGUUCAGCUCUUGGAGCCCAAGGUUAGAUUUCACCACGGACAAACGCCGUCGUUUGCGACGUUGGAGCACUUAGAGUCAUGGCCACAGGACAACACACAAACAUGCUCAGCUGCAAUGGAUACAUACCUCCAGUAUGUGGACAGCAAUCACUUUUACGUGAGUGGCGAUAUGGUGGAGACGAUGGCAGCAUCUGCGCUGAUGUUUAUUUUUCAAAACGCUCGAGUAUUGGAUAAUGCACCAGGUGUGGAGAUCAUGAUGACCCAACGACGACUUGUUGAUACUGAUACACGACGAGUAAAGGUCUUCUUGACGAAUACCAAGGUAGGCAACGUGUGUACGUGGACGGGAUGCGGUGUGCUACUGCUGUUGACGGUGUUGGUCCUCGUGUUACCAAACGAACGGGCUCGGCUUGCACCUCCGCGUGGAGGUAAUGCACGUGCUGAGAGAUUCGUAGCAGUGCAGACGGAGCAAAUUUACCCCAAUCUUAUUUACAAGAAGCGCUUCUUGAUUGGCAAAACGGGUGAGGAGAUUAAAUUUGGCGAGUUUGCCGUCGAGUCUGUCGGACUACACCACAAGAUGGAGGAAGACGAGCAGAUCUACAUUUGAGUUGUUUAAUUGUUCACGAAGUGUAUAGAUGAAUUGCUAAUGCUACAAGUGAACCGGUGAAAUUAAGACACUAUCUUUUGUGCUGGUACUAUAGUCG